CCUACGACCUGCGAAGCACAAUUCCCCUCCAUGGAUACAGAGUCGCGAAAUUCAAUCGACUGCAUAUCAUUCGGUAUCCAUACUCCUGCACUAUCACACAAUGCGGUUACCAUCCAUCACCCCUCGUCUGUUGGAAGCUGGCCUGCUGACGAAACCCCGCCGGGCCAUUCUGGUGGACUACUUCAAAAGUAACUGGUUGGAUCUUUCGACCGUACUAUCCUGCCUUCUGGCUAGCUUCAUGAUAUAUCUAUUUGCGAAUCCGCUUAUGUCAAGAGAGUUUCCUCUAUACGCAGGCAUAGACCAGACCGAUUUCUGGAUCAAGCAUGGCAAGCACCUCCGGCGGGAAUACAUCUCAACGCUUGUGAGUGCCGUGGUCAGUUUUGGAGUGCCGGCUUCUAUCAUACUGCUCUGUGGGAUCUUGAAAGUCAGAAAUUUCCAAGACACGCACAACGCUCUCAUGGGAUUGUUGUAUUCACUUUCUGCCUCUUCGCUGUUCCAAUCGGUCCUAAAAUGGACCAUCGGCGGCCUUCGCCCUUACUUCAUGGCAGUAUGUCGACCACCUAUGUCUCUUACCUCUGAAGGACAAAUCCUCACAUGGUAUGAUGCCCAAAUCUGUACUGGAGACAUGAAAGAAGUGCGAGAAGCACAGAUGAGCUUCCCGUCUGGCCACUCUGUUGCAGCGUUCGCCGGUUUCGGAUUGGUCGCCUUGUAUCUGAAUGCCAAAUUUGGUAUUUUCGCCCCGAGACCGCUGAAUGAGCGCGUACCAUUUUGGCAAUUGGGGAUGGUUGCUUUCCCAGUAUUGGCAGCCUGUGUUAUCGCUGGCAGCAAGGUCCGAGAUGGAUGGCACCACCCGGAGGACGUUGUCGCAGGUUCAUUAAUUGGCAGUGUAUUCGCAUACAUGGCAUUCAAAUCAGCUUACCCUGCUGUGCGGCGCGAGGAAAAGGUUGGAUGAUGACGGGGGUAUGCCGAGGUAUGUUCAUCUACUCCCGUUGGCAUACAGUCGUAAAUUGUUCGAUCAUGCAUACGGCGUGGAAUAGAAAAAAUUGGGCCAACUAUCUUGAUCUGCGCAUGCCAGAUCAGAUACUUGUACAUUCGUAACAAAUUGCAUUACUCUUGCACUCUGUAUGUUUCUAUUUAUGUACGACCGUGCUCAGCCUUACGGAGUUGUCAAAUUGCUAGAGGGGCACCUGAAACGUCGUUUACUUGGCCGCUGUGCUACGCCCCAAGUCAUAGCACAUAAUCUAGACCCCAGGCCGAUGGUUGCCUUCGAGUUAAUAUGUAUAUGAGCAUGGAUGAGUUCACUGGCCGGAAAGUCUACGUUCUGCUUUGGCUCAUGACUACCUCGUGGAAUUGAGCACGGCAUUAACGUUGACUACACACGUUUAGACCGAUAUCUACCUAACCCCAUCAGAUCAAUUAGUCAAAACAAGGGAGAAAAAAAAAUCAUUGGGAAUAAUAACACAUCAGAGCGUCUCCCAGAUGGUUCGUUUUACGGGAUUCAGGGCCUACCUCAAGAGCCCAUUCAAAUCCUCGGCCACAUCCACAUCUCCACAACGGCAAAGACAACGUCCAUUCCGACCAAACGCACCAUCACCUCUUGCAAACGACUACACUAUCCACGAGCCUAUAAUGUCAACUUUUGAGACAGAUAUUCCCCCAUCUCCUCUACCGCAGGAACAGCCC